UUAAAAAAAAAUUCAUCACAGACAGUAAAGUAACUCUUCUAUGUAGAAGGAAGAAAUGGUUAAUCAUGGCUACGAUUUCAAAACAGAGAUAAAACAUAUGGACUCAGUUUGUAGCAGCCUAAAUUUACACACACGCAAUAUUUAUAUAUAAUAAUAUAUUAUUAUAUAUAUAAUAUGUAUAAAAGCAUUUCUAAACCAAAUUUGCAAUGCUGACUCAACUGAACUAUCUUUACCAGAUCAUACUCGCUUAGGAUCUGUGUUCUUAUGAGUGACCUUUGAAAAGCCACAAUGGUUGAUAUAUUGGAUGCUAGCAAUGGUGUGAGCAGACUUUCCCUUCUGGGUGAUGAAGAAGAACAGGAUUUCAAAUGGAAGAAACCCCUGGAGCUUUUUGCUGAAAGGAAAUUUGUGAGGAUCUGUGCCCCUAUGGUACGUUACUCAAAGUUACCAUUUCGACUUUUGACUCGAAAAUAUGGUGUAGACUUGGCUUAUACGCCCAUGAUCGUCUCAAAUAGUUUUCUCUGCUCAUUGAAGGCCAGAGACAGCGAUUUCACAACUUGUAAUGUUGACCGGCCACUCAUCGUCCAGUUUGCAGCCAGUAACACUGAAGACUUUGUCAGCGCUUCCCAAAUCGUUGUACCAUAUGCUGAUGGUGUUGACCUCAACUGUGGCUGUCCUCAAAGGUGGGCUCAAGCUGAGGGCUAUGGAGCUUGUCUUCUUCGCAAACCAGAGAUUGUGCAAGAUUUGAUCCGACAAACAAAAGGAGCCAUUUCAAGCCAAGACUUUACUAUUUCUAUUAAGAUACGUAUUCAUCAUAAUAUCAGGGAAACUGUUGAAUUUUGUCGUAAAAUGGAACAUGCUGGAUUAUCUUGGUUAGCUGUUCAUGGACGUACACCUGAACAGAGAGGUGAACCAGUGAACAAUGAAGCAAUUCAACUGAUUAAAAGCAGUGUAAAUAUUCCAGUCAUUGCCAACGGUGACGUAAAAUCUCUUGAAGGAGCCAAAAAGAUUCACAAAGAAACUAAAGCAAACGGUAUAAUGGCUGCUCGUGGUAUCCUAUCCAACCCAUCUAUGUUUGCUGGUUACCAGUCAACUCCAGAAGAAUGUGUUAAAGACUGGAUAUAUCUGGCACUGUCAACUGGAACAUCAUUCCAGUGUUUCCACCAUCAUCUAACAUUUAUGUUACAAAAAGCAAUGAGCCGUGCUGAACAGACAGUCUUUGCAUCUUUAGCCAGCACGUCAUCUGUACUUCAGUUCUUAAAGGAGAACUUUGGUAUCUCUGCUCCUAGAGUACCUGUCAAAUCUUAACAUCAACUGCUACCAACAGCGCUUUGGUACCAAAAUACUGAAAGAUGUUUCAUAUGUUGUGCUUGGCAAAAGAAGUGAUAUGUAAAAUACCAAAGAGUCUUAUUCCACUAAGACUUCUGGUUUCUUCCCCAGGAUGAAAAGCAGCAGAAUCUAAAAUUCUAGUAAAGAAUGUUCCAAUUCAGCAGACUAUAAGAGAUACAUCAUGUACACUGUGUUCAACACCAAAUUCAAGAUGAUUACUUUCAAAUCACUCAGGGAUACUUUUAAUAGAAUUUCAGUUGAUUUUCUUUUUUUUCAUUUGUAAUGUUUGUUUUAAGAAUUUCCUGUAAGUCAGAAUUGAAAUUUAAGAAAAAAAAUGUAUUGUGUUUGAUGAUUGUAACUUUGGCAGUAGCUGGCAACUCAAUUUGGUGUACCUACAAUGAACAGGUUGUAUGUCCAAUGUCUACUUCAGACCCAUAAUGAGAUGGAUCAUGUGUUGCAGUAACUUAUUUACUGAAGACUCUCGCAUGAUGUUAAAAUGAUUCACAUACGACUUGUUUCUUUUGUUUAAAAUUCUGCAGUUGACAACUAGGACAGUACUUUAGAAAGUAAUUUCUAAGGACAGUCUUUAAAGCCAGCAUUCCUUAAAGAAAUCUGAGAGAAGACAAACUAGACACUAGAAGUACAAACUGUUUGAUGGAAUAUCAGUGAAUGCAUGCUUGUAUGUAGAUACAUUAACCAUAAUUAAACAGUUUCAUGAGUUAGCAGAUGUAGUUGAAGUAAUGAGACUACAACCAAAAGAAGACCAAUGAACUGACUGGUAAAAACUUACCUACAUACUGCAA